GUGAUCCGGCGCACGGUGACGGCAGAGGGCGAGGUGGUCCCUGUGUGUCAGCUGGACAUCCAGGUGGAGAAUCCUCUGCGCAGCAACGGCAUCUUCCUCGUGUCUCCGCUCAUCAUCAGCCACACCAUGGAGAGAGGGAGCCCUCUGUACGAGCUGUCAGCACACACCCUGCCCACGGAGGACCUGGAGAUCAUCGUCAUCCUGGAGGGUGUGGUGGAGACGACGGGCAUCACCAUGCAGGCCCGGACCUCCUACACCCCGGAGGAGAUCCUGUGGGGGCGGCGCUUCGUCUCCGUGAUGACGGAGGAGGACGGGCGAUACUGCGUCAACUAUUCAAAGUUCGGGAACACGGUGCCGGUCCGGAUGUCCUCGCUGAGCGCCAAGGAGCUGGACCUGAGCCGGGGGGGGGUGCAGGACGAGGAGCCCAACCUGCAGGGCUGGGGCCUGGUGAGGGCCGGCAGGGGGGGGUUCCGGCGCGGGGGCAGGGCCUGCGACUCAGGCUCCGCCCCCCGGCCAUGGUACGACCAAUCAGAGCAGCCGGAGAAGGAGGUGGUGGAGCAGAAAGGGAAGAAGAAGAAGGUUCAGCUGGAGGUCAUCGGGAGGCAGGAGGAGGAGGAGGACUGAGAGUAUACUUUAAUACACAGUAUAUAUACUCUAAACACAGUAUAUAUACACACAGUAUAUAUACUCUAAACACAGUAUAUAUACUCUAAACACAGUAUAUAUACACACAGUAUAUAUACUCUAAACACAGUAUAUAUACUCUAAACACAGUAUAUAUACACACAGUAUAUAUACUCUAAACACAGUAUAUAUACUCUAAACACAGUAUAUAUACUCUAAACACAGUAUAUAUAUAUAGGGUAUAUACUCUAAAUAUGAUUGAAAUCUGACAUAAUUUAUAAACGUGUGCACUUUUCUCACGGGACACAAGUGGAGUCCUGAGAUGUCAGAGUGUUCCUGAUCACCCUCUGUAGAGAUUAAACACAUUAAAUCAUACUUUUAACAGAAAAGCACUCAAAUCUUCUCCUAAAUGAUGAUGACGAUGCUCAGGAUGUUCAGAUUGAUAUGUUCUGGCCUCAAAGUUCCUCCUCUUUGUCACAGUCCCAUGACACAUGAUGAAUUCAAGUCGUAUUCAUAUUCUACAAAUCACAUGUUGAUUUCAGUCCUGAUUGUAAUGUUUACCUGUUUCUUAGUUUAGAUUAGGAGAGGAGAGGAACUCAUAGAUUUAUGAAAUGUCUUUAUCAUAUUUAAUAA